AUUUAUACUUCAUGUUGGCAACACUGACGAGGGUGCUGGAGCUUCAAUUCAGUUGAAUUUAGCUGGCAGGAUCCGUGUCGUAUCUCGACAAAUUUCUCUUUGAGAUUUCUAUAAAAAAAGUUGUAUCAGGUGAAAAUCAAGAUGAAUAUCACGUCUGCAGCUGGUAUUAUAUCUUUGCUGGAAGAACCAAUGCCUGAAUUGAAGGUGUUUGCUUUAAAGAAGCUCGACAUGAUUGUUGAUGAAUUCUGGCCUGAAAUUUCUGAAGCGAUUGAGAAGAUUGAAAUUCUACACGAGGAUAAGUCAUUUAACCAACACGAAUUGGCUGCUUUAGUUGCCAGUAAAGUGUAUUACCAUUUAGGAAGUUUUGAAGAUUCCCUUACUUAUGCUCUUGGAGCGGGCGAAUUGUUUGAUGUGAAUGCUCGUAAUGAAUAUGUCGAUACUACUAUAGCAAAAUGCAUUGAUUAUUAUACUCAACAACGUGUAUUGGAAGCUGAAGGAAAAUUACCACCAGGUAAUAAGGGAAUAGAUCCUAGACUUGAAGGAAUUGUGAAUAGAAUGUUUCAUCGUUGCUUAGAAGACAAUCAGUAUCGUCAGGCACUUGGUCUUGCUCUUGAAACACGUAGAAUGGAUGUUUUUGAGGCUGCCAUUAUGCAAUCUGUAAGAUACAAAGAUGACGUAAGUGGCAUGCUGUCAUAUGCAUUCCAAGUUGUUAUGAGUCUUAUACAAAAUAGGGGCUUCCGUAAUACCGUACUCCGCUGUUUAGUAAAUCUUUAUCGUAAUCUGGGAACACCUGACUACGUGAAUAUGUGUCAGUGUCUCAUAUUUCUUGAUGAUCCAUUAGCUGUUGCAGAACUUUUAGAUAAACUUAGCAAAGGUUCUCAAGAUUGCGUCUUGAUGGCCUAUCAAAUCGCCUUUGAUUUAUACGAAUCAGCAACGCAACAAUUUCUUGGUCGUGUUUUGCAAGCAUUGCGAGCCACUGCUCCAAUACCAGCAGCUCUUAUGGUAAAACCUAUUAUUAAGCCUGCUGCGAAACCAAUUGCUGAAACUAGUUCAAAUUCUGCCGGUAUGGAGACUGAAAGUAGUACACCGGCACUGGAGGAAAAGACACAACGUAGUAUCGAAAACUUGAGUCCUGAAGAAAAGGAACAACAAGAACGUGUUGAUGCUUUGUCUAGUAUUUUGGGAGGAGAAAUAUCCAUUGAUUUACAUUUACAAUUCUUAAUUCGUAGUAAUCAUACAGAUAUGUUGAUAUUAAAAAAUACAAAGGAUGCUAUACGUGUAUCCAUUUGUCACACUGCCACCGUAAUAGCAAAUGCAUUCAUGCAUUCUGGAACUACUAGUGAUCAAUUUUUACGAGAUAAUUUGGAGUGGUUAGCUCGUGCUACAAACUGGGCCAAAUUGACAGCAACGGCUUCUCUAGGAGUAAUUCACAGAGGUCAUGAGCAAGAAGCAUUAGCGUUAAUGCAAUCUUAUUUACCACGUGACACAGGAGCUGGUGCAGGUUAUUCGGAGGGUGGUGGUCUCUACGCACUCGGGCUAAUCCAUGCAAAUCAUGGUGCUGCCAUAACAGAUUAUCUGUUAGGUCAACUUAAAGAUGCACAAAAUGAGAUGGUUCGUCAUGGUGGUUGCUUAGGACUUGGAUUAGCAGCCAUGGGUUCUCAUCGUCAGGACGUAUACGAACAAUUGAAAUUUAAUUUAUAUCAAGAUGAUGCAGUUACUGGCGAAGCAGCAGGAAUUGCAAUGGGAAUGGUCAUGCUGGGUUCUAAGUCUACGCAAGCUAUUGAAGACAUGGUUGCGUAUGCUCAAGAAACGCAACAUGAGAAAAUCCUACGUGGCUUGGCGGUCGGUAUUGCGUUUACUAUGUAUGGACGUCUUGAGGAAGCUGAUCCUCUCGUUUCAUCCCUUUGCGCCGAUAAGGAUCCGAUUUUACGAAGAAGCGGCAUGUACACGUUGGCUAUGGCUUAUUGUGGUACUGGGAACAAUCAAGCCAUACGAAAGUUACUACACGUUGCCGUUUCUGACGUAAAUGACGAUGUCCGGCGCGCAGCAGUCACCGGCUUAGGAUUCCUCUUGUUCAGAACACCCGAGCAAUGUCCAAGCGUAGUGUCUUUGUUGGCCGAGAGUUAUAAUCCUCACGUUCGAUAUGGCGCUGCAAUGGCUCUGGGAAUUGCCUGUGCUGGAACCGGCCUGAAAGAGGCAAUAGCACUCUUAGAUCCAAUGACGAACGAUCCUGUGAACUUCGUUAGACAGGGAGCGUUGAUAGCCUCGGCAAUGAUCCUCAUUCAACAGACCGAAGCGACCUGUUCCCGCGUAAAGGAUUUCCGUGCUCUUUACGCUAAGGUGGUCGUCGACAAGCACGAGGACGUCAUGGCCAAGUUCGGUGCUAUUCUUGCCCAGGGUAUCAUCGAUGCUGGUGGUCGCAACGUGACUGUUUCACUCCAAUCCAGAACAGGUCACACGAAUAUGUUAGCAGUUGUUGGUGCCCUGGUCUUCACCCAGUAUUGGUAUUGGUUCCCAUUAGCCCAUUGUCUUGCUCUAGCAUUUACACCUACUUGCUUGAUCGCUUUGAAUGCUCAAUUAAAAAUGCCAAAGAUGGAGGUGCGUUCGAAUGCACGGCCGAGUAUCUACGCGUAUCCAGCACCACUCGAAGAGAAAAAACGCGAGGAAAGGGAAAAGGUCACUACCGCUGUACUCAGUAUCGCUGCACGAGCGCGUAGGAAGGAAUCUGAGAGAAGAGCACGUGACUCGCACGAGAAAAUGGACGUGGAUCCACCCGCAGUGGUAGAGACGAAGGAGAGCGUCGACGUUAAGGAAUCAACGGCAGCUGCUCCGAAAGAGAAGGAUGAAAAAAAGAAAGAGAAAGAAGAGAAGGAGGUUAAGGAUACCAAGGACAGGGUCGAUAAGAAGGGUAAAGACGAUGCGGAAAAGGGUGAAAAAGAAAAGAAGGAACCAGAGCCAAACUUUGAGAUUCUUCAAAAUCCAGCAAGAGUUUUGCGACAACAAUUGAAGGUCAUUCAAUUGGUCGAUGGUAGCCAUUACGUACCGGUGAAGGAUCUUCAAAUUGGUGGGAUCGUUAUGGUUAAGCAUAUUCAAGCGGACACUGAAGAGGAACUGGUUGAGCCAGUCGCCGCAUUCGGACCAAAACCUGAUGAAGAAAAGGAAGCAGAUCCGCCGGAACCGUUUGAAUAUACAGAAGAUUAAAUGGACAACGCGAUAUACUAAUCAAUUUUUCUCUCUCGCUCAUCGUAAUAAUAAGUCGAUCGUUCGUUCGUCUCUGUCAUAUAUAAGUACAUACAUACAUAUAUACGUAUAUACGUACGCGUCUUCUUUGUACGUUCAUUCGCGUAAACGUAAAACAUUCAAUCAACAAUUUGUAGCGAGAAGCAUUUCCAUUUUUUAAUUAACGUCUCUUAAGUAUUGUUUCAUUUUUCGCCUUUUUUUUUUUUUUAUUUUUUUUUCAGUACACCGUUCUAGAGUGAUACUUUUACUUCGGAUACGUCGAACGAGAGAAAUAAAACUAUGCUUCUUCGACAUAAUAAUCGACGAUUCAUUUUUGGAUUUUAACAUAAUAAUAAAAGAAAAAUAAUAAUUUGUGCAAACA